CGAUGGCUUUCAAACCAAAUGCAUUGCUGUUGCUCGCGUUAAUUCUCUCUCUACAGCAUAUCCGUUGUGACGACAAGCAGGACAGAAAGAAGGAGGGAAAAGAAGAAAAAGAGCUCAAAGACCGGCUGGGAGCGCUGGAGUUCCAGGUUGGGCAACUUCUUGGCGGCAAUUUAGCACAAGCGCGGCGUUCGUGCUCUGACUGGCUGAGAGACGGGUUCACACUUAACGGUCACUACCUAGUAGACCCUGAUGGCCUUCGCGGCGUCUCCGAGUUCCUGGUGUGGUGCGACAUGUCCAAGACACCCCCUGUCGCCGUAAUUCACCACGACAAAGAAGACAGAAUGCGUAUAGAUGGUUUUGAGGGAAAGGGUGAAUAUAAAAUGGACAUAGUAUACGCUACCAGUAGUCAGCACAUCUCUGCCCUCAUGGAGAGGUCGGGUCCCUGCCGGCAACGGUUGAGAUACGAGUGUCAGGGGUCCAUCAUCUACAGCGAGACCUCGCGCACCGACCCCUACUCCUGGUGGGAAGGGAACGGCAAGGAGAUCAAGACCUACUGGCCCGGCGGUAACCCCCACAUGGGAGGGUGUGAGUGCUACAAGACGAAGAGUUGCGCCGGAGGUAAUAAGUGUAAUUGCAACAGGAACGACCCAGCACUGCGCGAGGACAGCGGUGACGUCACCGACAAGGAGUUGCUCCCAAUAACAGGACUCCGUAUCGGCGACACCGGAGACAGGAACGAGCAUUCGUUCGUCACUUUGGGGCCACUUUUGUGCGAAAAUUGAAUGGGCAUUGUAACGACUACAAGUCAAUGACUCUUGGUCCUCUGAUGCAAGGGAUAUGUCUGCCUGUUUUUUAUCCAAAAUUAUUGUGGGGGUGUCUUUCUCUUAUAAAGGAGUGGACCUCCCCCCCUCCCUUUACUCAAUCCAACUUGAAAAAUGCCACAGAUUCGAGAGUGGAUCUUUUCUGGCCAAGCCUUCAGUUCUCUUUAUCCCCUUAACCUUCCCCCUCCUCC